AUGGGAACGGUUGUCGCUCCCAUACCACACACGGAGAGAAAGUAUCAGUCGUAUCCUGGCAGCAACUAUGUCCUACCGUCAGACGCUGCGGAGAAAGAAAGGCUCGCCCUGCAACAUCGGCUGCUCCUGCACGUCCUAAACAAUCGUAUUAUCAUGCCCGAUGUCACGAUAGGUCCGGCCGACCAUAUUCUGGACAGCGGGACGGGAACUGGCAUAUGGUUGCUGGACGCGAUGAAGAUCGUCCCUGAGACCACUGUCCUACAUGGUCUCGACAUCGAGCCUGGACUCUUCCCGCGGGAAGAUCACGCCGUCGUCUCGCGCGGAAACGUACAUUUCCACGUCGGUAGCUGCGCUGCAAUGCCGUCCGACUGGAACGGCAAGUUCAAGCUCGUGAAUCAGCGUCAUAUGAUCGCGGCGCUGCGCAAAGAGGAGUGGGAAGGGUCUAUCCAAGAGAUCUUCCGGGUUCUAGAACCCGGCGGCUGGGUGCAGUUGGGCGAGGUUGGAUACUGGAAGGCAGGCCCGGAGACGGAGAGAUUCAACGCGAUGGCGACAACCGUGGCCAAGGCGAAAGGCCUGGUCCUCGACUGUGCCGUUCAAAUCCCCGACUUGCUUCGCGAGACCGGGUUCUCACGAAUCAGUGUUGAGCCAACACUGAUCCCGCUGGGAUACACUGGAGGGGAGCUUGCUGCUGACGGUCGCAAGAACUGGAUGGCAGUCUUCCGUGGUCUGAAAACUCCUAUACUCAAGGCCGGGGGCUUCGGUCAUGUAAGCUCGGAAGCCGACUUCGAUUCGAUGAUGGACAAGGUGGAGAAUGAGUGGCAGAACUCAUCGGACGCGGAGUUACAGAACAACGUGAUCUGUGCCCAGAAACCAUUGAUAUGA